AUGUAUGGUAUAAUUUUAAUACAAGUUUUGAUCGAUAUCCUCCUUGAUUAUCAAGGUAGAUUUUUCUAUAUCUUAAUCAAAUUUGAUCUGUUUCAGGUUCAAAUUGGAUUUGUUCCUAUCCUAUCAAAGUCAAAUAACAUUAUGGCUCCAAAAAUCUACUACAUGGCCGCCAGCCCACCUUGCAGGGCAGUAUACAUGACUGCCAAAGCCAUUGGGCUAGAAAUAGAGCUGGAGACUGUCGAUCGAGAGCAACUGAGAACAGACGAAAUGUUAGAGCUGAAUCCACAACAUACUGCUCCGAUCCUAGUGGACGCUGAUGAAGAUUUUACCAUUUGGGAUAGUCACGCCAUAAUGAUUUAUUUCGUCGGUCAAUAUGCUGGCAGUGACGAUUCUUUGUAUCCUAAAGAUAACGUCAAGAAAGCUGCUGUAAUAAACCAAAGGUUGCAUUUUGAUAAUUUACUGCAUCAGAGAUUACGAGAUGCAUUUACGCCUAUCAUUAUGGGUAUAGAAGAAGACAUCUCAGAAGAAGCUCGUGACGGUUUUCUAGAAGCUUUAGGCAUUUUAGAAAUAUUUCUCAAGGAUUAUCAAUGGAUGGCUGGGGAUGACAUCACUAUUGCUGACCUUAGCAUAUUGGCUUUCCUAAGUACAGUUGAAACAGUUUUGCCUUUGGAUCCAGAACGAUUUCCAAAGUUGACCAAUUGGUUUGGCAGAGCAAAAGAAUUGCCCUAUUUUGAGGAAUGCAAUGGAGAGGGGUUGGAUCAAAUAAAGGAAAUGUUAAAGCGUGAAGUACCACUGAUUUAA